UUUCUUUUUUUUAUAAAAAACAAUAACAAAAAUAUCACACUGCGGUUCAGUUCAUACAGUUCAUAUCACUCGAUUGUACGGUGCGCGCUGGCUGUCGAGGUGGUGUGUGAAAAAUGCCGAUGACACACAUAGUGGACUAAGUACACUGUCGGCGCCCUGCAGGGCAGCAGCGUAGAGAACACCGCCGUCAACAAUAGCAACAGCUACAGCAAUAAUAACAACAACAACAUUGUGUAAGUGUGUUUAUCAGCAUUUAAUAAAAACGGUGCGACUUUAGACUCCACUACAAGAAACUUCUGUUGGGUUCUCUAAUACACUCACAUUUAUUAUGUUAGUGGUGAUGUCAAAUAGACUUGUCAAUUGACCGUCAUUAUGAUUGUUAAAAAGAGAAGACUACGACUUAUAAUGCUUACAAUUCCCACAACAGUCGGCUCUAUGUUACUGGAAUUGAACCCGGAAUUUAUCCGACGAAGUGCUGCUAUUUCGAGGAUUUAACCCAGUUUGGAUCGUUGCACUCUUAAGAAAGAGAGCGAGCACGAAAACCGCAAGGGGACACAUAUGUAUGCGCACACACAUAUACAUACAUAUAUAUGUACAUACAAGGCAACACUUAUCUACAACAAGCAACGGGGAUUUUUUAAGUCAUGGCCAAUGCACUUCUAAAAAAGAAUCAAUGUGAAAUUCAAAUCUACUUGCAUUUCUUCAGUAUUUGCUUUGCACUUUCUGCUUAAUUUAAUAGGUGGGAGCGAAGAAAUGAAAAUAAAUCAGAACACAUUUUUCGUUUCAGAUAACAGCUUACGUUGGCAAAAACAUACAUAUACUAUACAUAUGUAUGUACAUACAGCAUUACGCCCGUGUCUAAUUACAUAAGCACUUAAAAAUAACAAAAGCAGAUAAAUACUGGAAGUAUAUAUGUAUAAUAACGCCACCUAAAUGAGCAGAAAGUCUAAAGUAACUUACGAUUAUAAAUGAAAUAUCUAUCUUAAAAUUUAGAAAAAAUAAUAAUUGUAAUAUAAAAAGGAACAAAUUAAAUUAAAAAUUAUAUUUUAAUAUGGAUUUUGCCGUUUAUCAACCAUGUUAAUAAUUUUCUAUGUAAGCUGUACAGAAAAUUUGCAAAAUUUGCGGAUUUUCCCUUUUUAAAGCAUAUGCUACAUAUUUUUGUGAGGUAUGUACGCACAAAACUACCGUAAUUUCAAUAUGUGAAGGUCUUUAAACAGCACAAAUAAUACAAAAGAGUUAUGUAUCAGUUCUCAACACCCCUACUAUUUACUUAAGGUUACCCUUUCAUAAUACGCAGAAUUAAGCAAUUUAAGAGCUUUAUUUAAAAUUGCUUUACCUGGAUUUAUGUAGUCCUUUUAUUUCUUCUGCCCAUGUCUUCAUUUGGAUAUAUAAAUAGAUCCAAAACUUAAAAAAUUAUCCAUUCCUGUGGAAACUGUCCUACAGAACCGAACUUCCGCAAAUAAAAUACUAUUAGUUCCAAAGAUUUGUUAAAAUGGGCUCUUGGCUUAACUUCGCAUUUAAACCAAUCGUAAUCGAUAUGUCACAAUGUAAGUAUAAUAUAUAUCGAGGAUCGGUGACAAAAGAAUGCUUUGCAGGCGUUAUAGGGGAUAAUAUUUCAAAACACCCUACUCCUGGUAACAGCUUAAAUAACAGUCAAGCUGACAGAAAUCAAAAUUUUGGCAACCCAAUACCAUUGUCGCCGCAUUCUGUGGAAGAAUGCAAAUCUGAAAAUAUCUCAGAUGAGGAUAAAGCAUCCGAUGACAACGUCAAUCUUACAAAUUCACCGACUUUUAAUAAAUGGGAACUCAUGCUAGACCAAGAUAAAACCUCUGACAACUAUGCUGAUCUUACACCACCUCCAUCGAAAGUUGACAAAUGGGAACGCAUGUUGGAUCAGGGUCUGUUAGCUCUCAAACUGAGUAUCGAAAGGGAUCCUGACCUAACACCUCCGCCAGACGCAUGCAUCGAAAACUGGGAUGGAUAUGCUUCGGACCAAAAACAAAUUUAAGAAAAAAUGCUAAAAUGUGGAAAAUUUUUUUGAUAAUCAUGAUUAACGGACAAAAAUUAAAAACACUAUUUAUUGAAAACACGUUUGUAUUUAUUUAUUUAGUUUUUUUUUGUUGUAUAUGAUUUAAAUUUUCAACUUAGUUUCAUUUAGAUAUCCAAUAUUUUAGUGCAUAUUGUCAAGUUAAAGCGAUGCCGUUAUAUAAAUAAAAGCGAGGUUUUGAUUCUGUGAUUACCUCUCACGUUAGUGUUACUAUUUACAAUAUAUUAAACUCUCUCUACCCUUGCCAAAGAAGUAGAUUGAAAAAAUAACGUUAUAAAAGAAGUAGUUGUAAGUUCUUCCUAUUAUGCUAAGAGUAUAUCUCCGAGUUUCGCCUGAUUACUCUGAUUUAUUCUGAGAGUAAAAAAAGAGAAUGGA